AAAAGCUCAAAUCUCACGCUUAUUUAUUUGCAGGAACACACUUGUCAAAUUAAACUGAUAAAAAAAAAUGGUAGCAUCAGAAUCUCUUGUUCAUGUGCUUCUUGUUUCGUUCCAUGGUCAAGGCCAUAUCAACCCUUUACUCAGACUCGGCAAGCUACUCGCUUCAAAGGGCUUGCUCGUCACCUUUGCUGCAACCGAAAGAGUCGAAAAACAGAUGCGAAAUGCGAACAACGUCGUCGAUAAUGAAUCCAUACCGGUCAUACCAGUCGGUGAUGGUUUUAUUCGGUUCGAAUUCUUCAAAGAAAGAUUAGAAGAAGAUGAUCCUAGACGCAGCGUUCUUGAUUACAUGGCUCAGCUCGAGCUUGUCGGGACAAAAGAAAUUUCUGAAAUGGUGAUGAGAAACAAAGAAGAAGGAAGGCCGGUUUCUUGCUUGAUAAAUAACCCGUUUAUUCCUUGGGUUUCUGAUGUGGCUGAAAAUUUUGGUAUACCUUGUGCACUUCUCUGGAUUCAAUCUUGUGCUUCUUUUGCAUCUUAUUAUCAUUAUUUUCAUAGUCCUGCUCUUUUUCCUACUCAGGAAAAUCCUCAAAACAACGUCGUUUUGCCUUGUAUGCCUGUUCUAAAACAUGAUGAAAUUCCAAGUUUCUUGCAUCCUCUUACUCCUGUUCUUUUUUUGAGGAAUGCAUCUUUAGGUCAAUUCAAGAAUCUUGAAAAAUCCUUCUGUGUUUUAAUGGAAACUUUUCAAGAAUUGGAGCAUGACUUAAUUGACUUCAUGUCCAAGUUUUGUUCUAUCAAGCCUGUUGGUCCUUUGUGUAAACACCCUAACCCUAAUCUGAAUAAUACAGCCAUCAAUGGUGAUAUCUUGAAAGCUGAUGAUUGUAUUCAAUGGCUAGACACCAAGGAAUCAUCUUCUGUUGUUUAUAUUUCUUUUGGUACUGUUGUUUUGAUAAAUCAAGAACAGUUCAAUGAGAUUGCAUAUGGGAUUUUAGAUUCUCAUGUUUCUUUCUUGUGGGCUAUCAAACCGCCGCCCCCUGGUGAAUCCGGUUCGAACGUGGCUCUUUUGCCUGAAGAGUUCUUGGAGAAAGCAGGAGAUAGAGGGAAAAUUGUGCAAUGGAGUCCACAAGAAAAAGUACUAGCUCAUGAAUCGAUUGCUUGUUUCGUGACGCAUUGUGGAUGGAACUCGACGAUUGAAGCGUUAUCAUCCGGCGUGCCCGUGGUUUGUUACCCUCAAUGGGGUGAUCAAGUAACUGAUGCUAAGUACUUGGUUGAUGUGUUUAAGGUUGGUGUUAGAAUGUGCCGUGGACUGGCUGAAAAUAAGAUGAUUACGCGUGAUGAAGUGAAGAAAUGCUUGCUCGAGGCGACGGUGGGGCCACAGGCGGAGGAGAUGAGGCGGAACGCCUUGAAAUGGAAGGAAGCGGCGGAGGCAGGGGUGGCCGAAGGUGGUUCAUCCGAACGGAAUAUACAAGAGUUUGUGGAUGAAAUUAAGGGUAUGGGGAAGCGUUCACUAGUCGGCAACUAGGCCUUAAGUAAAUGAAAAAAUGAAAUAGAUUUUAUUAGUUAAGGUGGUUAAAUGCAUGGUUGGUUCAUUAUGUUUUAAAUUUAUUUUAAGUUGAGAUAUAAAUUUCAGGACAUUAAGUUGGUGUUUGACAAGCUGUUGUGUUA